GCCGUAGAAACACACAAACAGUCCCCGCCAUAAGAAGCGGAGCUUCUAAACCUAAAACUCCACCUCCAUUCUCUCUCUCUCUCUCUCUGCACAUACAUACACAGUGUGUAUAUCUAUACAUACGUAUAGGAAGAUGGCUUCGUUGGCGCUGCCGUUUCCUUCGACAUCCUCAUCUUCGAAUUCUCUGUCAUCUCCGGCUUCUCUCCCUCGGAGGACCUUCGUCCCCAAUCGAAGCCUCCGUUCUCCUUUGAACGUCGUCAAAUGUGAGGUCACUGAACCAAUAAAUGGAAAGCCAAUUGUGCCGGUCCUAACUGGGGGGACACUUCCGAAGCUCUUGAAUUCAAGAUGCCUCACAGAUGCAGUUAGAAAUGACCAUAGGCCCAAAAUAUUUUCUGGCCUUUCUAAUCCUGCCCUUUCUCAGGAAAUUGCCUGGUAUAUGGGCCUUGACCUUGGAAAGAUCAACAUCAAGAGGUUUGCAGAUGGUGAAAUUUAUGUGCAUCUACAAGAGAGUGUUCGAGGCUGUGAUGUCUACUUGGUGCAGUCCACCUGUCCUCCAGCCAAUGAAAAUCUCAUGGAGCUUUUGAUAAUGAUAGAUGCCUGCCGAAGGGCUUCAGCGAAGAACAUCACAGCAGUGAUUCCAUACUUUGGAUAUGCUAGAGCUGAUAGAAAGACCCAAGGCCGUGAAUCUAUUGCAGCCAAAUUAGUUGCAAACAUCAUUACAGAAGCAGGUGCAGAUCGCGUUCUUGCUUGUGAUCUUCACUCUGGGCAAUCCAUGGGUUACUUUGAUAUUCCAGUGGAUCAUGUAUACUGUCAGCCGGUUGUUCUUGAUUAUCUUGCCAGCAAGAAGAUUUGUUCGAAUGAUUUGGUAGUAGUCUCUCCUGAUGUUGGAGGGGUUGCUAGAGCACGAGCUUUCGCAAAAAAGUUAUCCGAUGCACCUUUAGCCAUUGUGGAUAAAAGGCGCCAAGGGCACAAUAUUGCUGAGGUUAUGAAUCUGAUUGGUGAUGUCAAAGGAAAAGUUGCCGUGAUGGUUGAUGAUAUGAUUGAUACAGCAGGGACUAUCGCAAAAGGUGCAGCCUUGUUACAUGAGGAGGGAGCAAGAGAAGUAUAUGCAUGCUGUACACAUGCUGUUUUCAGCCCCCCAGCAAUUGAGAGGCUGUCUAGUGGCCUGUUUCAGGAGGUCAUUAUCACCAACACAAUUCCGGUAACAGAGAAGAACUAUUUUCCACAGCUGACGGUUCUUUCAGUCGCAAACCUCCUGGGAGAAACCAUUUGGCGAGUGCACGAUGACUGUUCUGUGAGUAGCAUCUUUCAGUGAAGCAAAACAAUAGGAGAAAUUUGCUGACAUCCCUGCAUUAAUAACUUCUUGGUGGUCUGCUGGACAGCCUCUUUUACCUAUUUUUUUCCUGGUCCCUGAAUCGACUCUUUUCCAUUGGCACGAAGAAUUCUUCAUGCCCCUAACCUACCCAUUACUCUAUGCAGCUUACAUACCCAUCUUUAUACACCUUUUUAUUCCAAACAGGAGAUCAAUUUUCUCCAUUUGCUUAUUUUCAUUCCAACCUAGAGAAAAUCAAAAUCUGUCCUGCAUUUAACAAACAGUUGAUAAAGCUAUAGUUGAAGUUCCGACAUCUUUCGCUACUGUCCAAGUGAGGGAGCUGCAAGCAAGAUUCUGUCUUUUGAUGAUAUGAAAUAAAGAUUAAGGUAGAUGAAGAUCCAUUUGGUUUGAGUUGGACUCAGUUGAUAACUGUAGGAUGAUUAUGCAUUGUACUUGUGAUCCAUUCCUUUUGCCAUUGGGGAUGUCGAUUUUGCUUCAGAACCAAAAGAAAUUGAAUUAGAGUUAUUUAAUGGAUUAUCAUUGUUAUUGUUAUUAUAUAGCAUACAUGCA